GUAUUGUACGAGACCUUUUUAUCAAUUUUUUCCCAUUUUAUUUAGUUAAGUCUCCUUAUAUUUGAUUCCAUAUUUGCGAGGAAUAUGAGUUUCAAUAAAACUAAGGAAGUUAUAGAAGAGGGAGAUGUUGUUAUUUUGUAUUUGAAUCCAAACAACAUAUAUUCUCUGGAAGUAAAAGCAAAAACUUUUAACAAGAAAGCCGAACUCGUGGAUAAUGUAUUUCAGACUACAUAUGGUGCAUUGAAAGUCAUUUCGCUUGUAGGACAAAAAUAUGGUUCAAAAAUAGAGCUAACUAAAGGUUGGGCACAUGUAUUACAACCAACACCAGAGCUCUGGACAAUGAUAUUGCCACAUAGAACACAAAUUAUUUAUAGUCCAGAUAUAAGCCUUAUUACACAUUUAAUGGAACUUAAACCAGGCAGUACAAUUAUUGAAACAGGCACUGGUAGUGGCUCAUUAUCACAUUCUCUAAUUCGAGUGAUACGUCCAAAUGGUCACUUAUAUACUUUUGAUUUUCAUGAACAGCGUGUGUCUAUUGCUAACACAGAAUUUGAUAGACAUGGACUGAGUGAUUUUGUAACUUUGAAGAAAAGAGAUGUUUGCUUAGAUGGAUUUGGAGAAGAACUGAAACAUAAAAUUGAUGCAGUUUUUCUAGAUCUUCCACAUCCAUGGUUAGUUAUAAAACAUGCUACUGUUGUUUUAAAACAAAUAGGUGGAAAGCUAUGUUUUUUUUCUCCGUGCAUUGAGCAAGUUCAACGUACUUGUGCCAAACUUAUCUGUGAGGGAUUCAUAGAAUUAAACACAUAUGAAUGUUUGCAAAGAGAAAUGAACGUUCAAUACAGAUCUCUGCCAAUAUUAGAUUUUGAAUGUUUAAAAUACAAGCACACAAAUGAGAAUAUAACUGAGAAGAAUGAAAGAAGAGAAAGGAAACAAGAGGGAAAACUUCUUACAGUUAUUCAUGCUCAGUCGUUGCCUGGGCAUACAGGCUUUAUUACAAUUGCCACUCUCCCUCCUUCUUGUCAUCGUUGUACACAAAAGUAAAAAAGAAUUAUUAAUCCUAUUAAAAUUCAGAUCAAGACAAGCAAACAAUUUAAAAAUACAAAAGUAAAAUAUGCUAUGUGCAUUCAACAGUUGAAUAGAAUUCAUAAGAAAUUUACUGAAAGUCACAAAUAAAAACUUCGUAAUUUUAAAGCUACAGAAAGCUAUAAAGAGCACUUUGAUUUUGCUUAUUUUUUAAGUUAUUGCUUUUACUA